AUGGAUGCAGUGCUGGAACCAAGUGUUGCGUGGAAUAUCCACAGCCACGGAGAAAGGCUGGAGAGCAAAGAGGCUGCAAACACGUUGUAUGAGCUUCUCUUGGUUGUGGAGUACACGGAAGCAGUGGCGCAACUCCUCCCCCAGUUCUUCCUGGCCUUCAUCAUCCAGAUCCAGCAUGUGCUGGAGCUGGGCCUGGUCGGGGAGCGGGUACUCUUGGCCGUGGAGCCCACCAUCCACUCAGACCUCAGUCCCUGGAGGACCGCUCUGGAGGCCUUGAGGAGUCUUCUGUCCACCAGAGCAUGUUGGCAGAGCUUCAUGUCCAUGGAGCUGCAGGACAGCUGGCAACUCUUCUCAACCCUCGACACCUUCCAGGAGGCUGUUUCCCUUCUGGCCAGGUGUGUGUGUGUGAGCCUGGUCCAGAACAGGUGCCCGAUGGUACCCGAGCUCCUGCAAACGGUGGCCAGCUCUUUGGUGGGGAAGGGCCCGCAGGGCGGGAGUGUGGCCGUGGGGUUGCUGGCCGAGACUGUCUUGGACCCCGAGGGCAUGCAGCUCAUCCUCCAGGACGGACUGGAGGACCCCGAUCCCGUGCUGCGCGUCAUCAGCCUGCAGGCCCUCACCAGCCUGCCGCUCAACACCGACAAGCGCUCGAUCCUCCUGGCUCAGCUCCCCUUCCUCCUGGAGGGCUUCUACCGGCAGGACCAGGAGGGAGUCCUAGCGUCCAUGGACGCGGUGACCCUCACCGUCCGCAGCCUGGGCUCUCGGGGACUCGGCCACCUCAGGGAGGACAUCGUCCUCAUGCUGGGUCCUUUCUUUGACGACGAGAGAUCCCAAGUGCGGGUCUCAGCUCUAGACCUGCUGGCAGCCGUAGCCGGCAGCUGGGUGGCAGAAGACAAAACCUGCUGCCAGCAAGAGCUCAUCCGCUGCCUCAUCCCCGUCCUCUUCCACCUGAAGGACGAGCACCCUUCAGUGCGCAGAAAAGCCAGAUAUACAUUCUUCUGGCUGGCCCAGAACGUCGGCUGGAGGUUCAGCCAAGUAGUCGGGAGAACGCUGAUUGGGGAAGAGAGGGAGAGCACGGCCUACGCUACCAUCUGGCAGGCCUUGAUGGAGAGCUUCGAGCAAAGUCAUCCCAUUUUCUGGUCCCAAGCUCUUGGCAUAUAUGAACUGCCCCCAGCCAGAUGUGAAAUUUGCAGCCGUUGUCCUCCUCAUACACACCAUCACCAUCAUCCGCAAAAGCCCGCGGUUCUCCGAGGCAGACUUGGAUAUCUUCUUCAAUACAAUUCACACCCUAAAAAACGACCCCUCGGCCAAGAUCCGCCGAUUCCUGAGGUUUCUCGAGAGGAACCCGCCAGAGAACGAUGACCUCUUCUUCUUCUGAGGGCUCCAAUCUUGUGGGAGAAGAAGAAGCCUGGGAGGACGAGUGGCGUCAGGCUGGUCGUAGGGUUCCCAGUCUGCAGCACUGGGGGCUGCCUUGGGACAUGCCAUGGGUUCAGGGCCCAGAAGAAUGUAGAGGAUCCGGCCCCCAAACAGCCAUGUGAGGGAAGGGGGCUCAGGGGGCCAGGGGCCAGAUUGGGGCCAGAAUUGCAUUCCAGCCUGGGAGUUUGAUACCAUAGCAGGAGGAGGAG